CUCCCCGCUCGGGGCUCAAUCUGAAGUAUGGCGCCUGCUGCCUCCGAGGCGAAUCGCAGUGAUGUAGUCCAGGGGAGCCCUGAUGCUGGGACGCCGCAGCCUGUGCGCGGCUCUGAAGCCGCCACAGCCCAGGAGGAAACGCAGCAGCGGCUCUUCUUCCUUAAAGGUCCCAGGUGGAAUUUUUCUUGCUACUGUUGCUACUGCUGGAAUUCUAGCGGGUUUCGGUACCACACUUGCCAUGGCCAAAAAGAAAAACCCUAACUGGUUCAAUAAGGGUGUGGUUGCUACAGCUGCUGUACCAGAGAGUGGUGCUUCCCUUGCCUUACGAGCCCUAGGAUGGGGUUCGCUGUAUGCCUGGUGUGGAGUAGGAUUGAUCAGUUUUGCUGUCUGGAAGGCUUUGGGAGUUCACAGUAUAAAUGAAUUCCGGAACAAAAUUCAAUCCAUAUUUCCAUCAAUUCCUCAAAAUGCAGAGCAGCCAGUUGAAUGGGAGGACAUACUGAAAUCCAAGUGACUGGCACAUGGAAUCACAUAGAUCAAACCUCUAAAAUUGCUGAGGACUGAAGUAUUGUAUGUGUGAAAAUGUACCACUGUGAAGACUGAGGAAGAAAGACAAUCACUCAGUUGCAUACACCUUAGUUUACUCAAUCCUUUUAUUGUGGUUAUUACAUCCGGUUGUGGUAUAUGAGCUAUAAUAAUGUAAAAGAAGCAAAGCUCAAAACCAGUAUAUGAAGAAGUAAGUUCAAUAUGUUUCAGCUAAACAAAGAGACAAAUCUCAAUGGGAAACAUCAGUAUUAUAGCUUACAUAUAUUGGUCUUUUGGAGGAGUGUAAAUCAGAGGUACAGGCUGCCACUCACUUAUUCAUCUAGGGGAAAAAGGCUACUGCAAGCUGGCCUGAUUGGUAACUACACCCUCCCUCCUAACUAUGGUGUUAAAAAGGCAAUUACAGGAAAUAAAGUACAAAAAAUAUCAUGUCAACAUUGACCGGAUAUAUUAGUGCCAGCCACCAAAAGCCAGCAAAGACUCAGUGCAAAGAAUUUUAAAUCAAAAGGCAAGCAGCUGAAGGCAAAGGAAUUAAAAGGGACCCCAACCUUGAUUUGAGGCUGCAGAUUGAAAGGGAUCAAAAUCUGUCCCUUAACCCAAGUGCUAACAAUCUCUUGUAUUGCAUUGACCGGGAUCACUAAGCUUUUUUGCCUUCUGAUGAUCAAAGAACAUAAUGAGUUGCCAUAUAAGGAUGGCAAGGGCUUGGGUUUCAUCCACUGACAAAAAGCAGAGAUGAAGAUUUUUUUUAAAAAAAUCUCCCUACAGCCUCUAGUUUGACUUGAGCAAGAGGGGGGAAAGCCGUAGGCUAAUUUCUGUACAUUACACUGGAAAAAAACAGAGACAGCAAGUCUCUGCUACGUAAUUCCUCAAAGCAAACAAAACUGGUCUCUGUUGUAAAUGACACAUUUGAACCAUUUUUCUUGUCUUCCCUCGGAAGGUUAUGUCUAUGGUCUUAAAGUUAUUAAAAAAAAAAAAAGCUCAGCAAACAUUUUGUUGAACAUAUAAUGGUGAUAUUGUAAGUGAGUUCUUCAGAUGAUCUGGAUCUUUUUCAUUUUUAAGAUGUAUUUAAUAAUCCCAACUUGGUACAUAGAUGACAUUCAGCUAAGACAGAAAAGAUGAGUCAAGACCAUAAAAAUUUUGAACCUGUGGUUCUAAAAGUACUGUUUCAGAUUAAUGCCAUUUAGCUGUUCCCAUCUGGGUGGUUAUUUCAGUAAUUCAACAUUCUGUUGACGGGAGGGGGGGGGGAGUUGCAGGGAUAUUUUUUCUCAAUAUUGUGAAAUUAGUUAAUGGGAUAGGCUAUUUAAAAACUAAUGUUAGCCUUUACCAUCUGGGUAUUGUAUUCUGAAUGUACCUGGUUGUAAGAGAACAGAAAUGACAGCAAGUUUCAACGUUUCCUCCCUUACUGCCAUUAUCUUGCACACGACGUGACAAGAAAUCACAUUUAUCUCCUGGAGCAUAAAGAGUUGUAAUCACUCUAUUAACUAGAAAGACAUUUUUCACAGACCUAAAAAGGAACAAACUAUAUUUUAUAUUCCCAUAGGCAAUCCAUUUCAUGGAUGUUGAGUACUAGAAGCUUAAAAGACACGUUCUUCUGGUUAUAGCUGUCUAAAAAUAUCAUAAGAGAUUUUUUAAAAAUUAUGUAGUAUAUUGGAGCCUUUUGUGCAGUUUAAUCCUGUAGCUAUGAACCUUAGUGCUUAAGAGGGCUUUUUUUAAGCAGAGGGGGGAAAACAGAGAAUGUUGUUUACACUGAUUUUCCAUGCAUGCAAAACUAUCAUUUUUUUGGUCCAUUAUCAGUGCCAUGAGGGGUUUCUUCCUAAAUAGGUUUCAAGAGAACAGGUCAGUUAUUCAUUAAAAUGUAAAUGGGCCAUUUGUUCUCAUUCCACCCUGAUGUGUUUCAUGUACAAAGAGAUCAAGAAAAAGCUGCAGAAAUAAAUAAUUCAAGCUCCUAUGUCUACUAGUACAAGACCACUGAAGUAUAAUGGGAAGAAUUAAGUAGGACCAUUGCUCAGUAGUAGACACGUGCUUUUCUUAGAGGAGUCAUUGUUUUUUAUAACACUUUUCAUAGAGGGGUCAUGCUUUGUAUGCAGGUUUAAUCCUUCAGUAUUUUUAGCCCUGGAAGCAGGGCUGAGAAAAAGGGCCGAAAUAUGAUUUAACAUGAAGCUCAAUGUGUCUUUGUUCUGACAGUUUCUUUGGCUAAAAUGCUGCGAAAAUGCCGCAGACUGCAGUGGAAAACCAGCAUGAGUGGAAGAGGGGCUUCUUAGCUAUUUUGCCUUGGCCCACUCCCUGUCUUUACCCCUGCUGGGGUAAAAAAUACUGAUACUUGUAUCUUUGCCCUUGUGGAAGCAAUUGGGAGUAGAUGGGUUGAUUUUUCAGCAGAGAAACUGUGUUAAGAGAAGGAGUUGAGAAGCCCUUCCACUCCCAUAUCAGUCUCCUGUUUCAAAGUACAUGGACAAUUCCUGUUACUAACUAGGAUGAGUGGGUGACAUUAGCACACAACAGGUCUAAAAGAAAGGCCAGAGCUUGUCUUCAUAGAAGUAAUACAAAUAAUGUUGGGAUUCUCUGCUUUUUGAUAUGAUAAUGACCAGUAGUAUAACUGGAUUCAGAAAAAGACUGCAUCAUUUAAUAAAUUUACUGUAAUGCUACUUAUCAUUGAUACUCUCCAUGAAGUAUUAAAAUGUUUCAUGGACUGUCUUAUAAACCUCACAAUAAUGAUGUAAGAAUGUUAAUUCCCACAGUGCCAACAGGAAUUUAAGUUGAGAUGGAGUCGGUUGCCUAAGGUCAUAUAGCAAGGAUAUAGCAGCAGCAGGAUUUGAACCCAGGAAUCCCUAUUUUCUAGUUCAGUCUCAACCAUUGUGCUUUGCCAGCUCGCUGACUUUCAUCUUCCCAGCAAUGCUCCUGGGAGAACCAAUGGAUUUGUGUGAUGUUAUUAGCAGCUACAUUUGCUAAAGAGGAGAGGGUUAGGUGGUCAGGUACCUUAGGGGAGCCUCUUUUAUAUCUGGUGUGUGUGUAAAAUGUUGCCUGCCUACAAAGGAUACCAACUUCAGGAAGGAAGAAGAGCAGUUCCUCACUCACUUUUUUCUCAGCGAUGUCAUUUGAUAACCUUUGUCAGGCAAGUUAAAAUCUUGUCUGAGGCUCCGCCCAUUAAGACAAUAUAGCGUUUCUAUAGUGCUUCAGAGUGUUCAGAGCACUUCACUUGCUUCAUCUUAUUGCAGUCCUAGCCCCAUAUUGUGCAUAGGAGGCUGGGAAGGCAGCUUGGCUAAGCUGCCUACUGGAUUCAUACCAGAAGUGAUAUUAAACACUUCUAAUUUCCUGGUAGUUCACUCUAAAGCUGUACACUUCACCAGUUCUCCUUAUUUCUCCUGAAGUGGUCUUAUGCUAUGUGUGAAUUUUUAAGAAAGUAACAUCCUGUUCUUCCUCCAAACUGUGGGCAGAUCCCCCUCCCGACCCUAAAUACACAUCCUUGUGCUCCUCCGUAUAAUAAAUAGUAUGAAGGUGGAAGCAGAAGUGAGAUUGUUUUAGCAAGAACACUUGUCUGGAAGCACCUAAACAGAUGACUUAGAAUGGCGGAAACUUGGGGGGGGGGAUUCUGUGUGUUCCUCAUCACUCCCUCCUUUGUUCAGUGGUUCCUACUUUUUUUUUUAGUGCAUCUUCAGUCACAGGUGUGAUGUUUUUAAAGGGUACAAUUUGCAUGUUUUCCCAAGGUAACAUGAGGAAAGAAGAUUAGAAAGAACAUAGCAAGGCUUAUUAAUAAAAUCUGUGAAGUUGGUAAGCUGUCUCAUGCUUUAGUAGCAUACCAAAUUUGAUCUUUCCAAAUCUAAUCAUUUUAUGAAGGAGUUGUAGAGACUAAUCUUGUGAUUUAAAUAAACCAGAAAAACAGGUACCCUUUAGAUAAUAGUUGGACUAAAUCAACAACUCCCCAUACAUGUUCUUUCUCAGUGGUAGCCUCCAACUUGUGGAAUGGCCUGCCUGAGGAGGUCAGGAAAACUCCCACUCUUCUGGCUUUCAGCAAUCUAUGCAAGACUGAAUUAUUCAGGAGGGCUUGCUACUCAUUAUAGGGCUGUGUCAUAAGAAAUAGCUCAAAAAGAUACCUUGGUAAGGGACAGGAACUAUAGACUAUACUAUUGGGUACUGUCUGGUCCUACUGGGUAGUUCAACAUUGUUAAAGUCAUCAUGUUAAUUACUUAACCCUUUUAUUCAGAACAGUUUCAUCUAUGUGUUUGGCUUUAUGCCAGUUUUUGAAUCUGUGGCUACCAUACCCUAUUGUAUCUGUUUUCACUGAAUGUCAUAACUGUUGAUCAUAUUGUAUUUUUGUACUGUGAAUGUUCUAGCUAUUUACUAUAUUGUAUUCAUUUGCCGUUUGUAAUCUGCCUUGGAUCUCAGUGAAAAAGGCAAACUAUAAAUAAACAAGAACAACAGUAAUAAUAAAUUCUAAGCAAAUAGAAUUAUAGAUGAAAUCUGCAGUUGACCACAGUAAUACCAAAUCCAUACAAGCAACUUGCCGCAUUAAAAUUAGUUACUGUGACUGUCUUGCUUUUGAAAUAAGAAAAGUUUAAAGCCCAGCUAUUUGUUUAGCUGAUAUACCAAUAGAAGAGAGAUUGCCCUAGUAAUUGUAUCUCAGUCUAUUUGAUAUGUAAGAGGUUUUGAAUAUUUUAUAAUGGUUAAGGUUGUGUUCACUUGAGGCAGCAGCUUAAAAAAGCAUACACACAUAUGGAUGCAUUAAACUCUCACUGAAUUGUUUAUCUUCUAAAUCAGCAUGGAAUAAUAGUUUGGAUUUUUAACAUCUGCUUUGAAGAUUUUUAUCAUUGGUAAUACUAUAGGUGUCCUCCUUAAGGAUGUUUCAUUAAAAAAGAGAUGCUA